AUGGGUGGCUGCUACUCUGUCAUCGCGGCCUCCAAGCUGCUGCAAAUGCAACGGAGGCGCGCGGCCGCCGCCAUCCUCCCCGCGCCCGGCAGCGACGAGCCGGGCCGCUGCUCCCCCGACAACAGCAGCGGCGACGGCAAGAAGAAGCGCAAGGGCAAGUGGAGGCGGAGCGCGCCCAUCCUCGGCGAGGCCGACCAGUGCGGCCCGUCGGGGCAGUGCUUCGCCAAGCGGUUCCGGCUGGGCGCGGAGCUGGGGCGCGGCGAGUUCGGCGUGACGCGCCGGUGCGACGACGCGGCCACCGGGGAGGCCCUGGCGUGCAAGACGAUCCAGCGGAAGCGGCUGCGCCGGCGCGCCGACGCCGACGACGUGCGGCGGGAGGUGGAGAUCCUGCGGCGCAUGUCGGCGCUCGAAGAGGGCGGGGAGUUGCCGGUGGUGCGGCUCCGCGAGGCAUGCGAGGACCCCAAGGGCGUGCACCUGGUCAUGGAGCUCUGCGAGGGCGGCGAGCUCUUCGACCGCAUCUUCGCCCGCGGCCACUACACCGAGCGCGCCGCCGCCAAGAUCGGCCGCACCAUCGCCCAGGUCGUGCAGCUCUGCCACGACAACGGGGUCAUGCACCGGGACCUCAAGCCCGAGAACUUCCUCUUCGCCAGCAAGUCCGAGGACUCGCCGCUCAAGGCCAUCGACUUCGGCCUCUCCGUCUUCUUCAAGCCCGGGGAUCAGUUCACCGAGGUGGUCGGCAGCGGGAUCUACAUGGCGCCGGAGGUGCUCAUGAGGAGCUACGGCCCGGAGGUGGACGUCUGGAGCGCCGGCAUCAUCCUCUACAUCCUCCUGUGCGGAGUCCCUCCUUUCUGGGGAGACACCGACGAGCGAAUUGCGGAGUCGAUAAUCCGGGGUGAAAUCAACUUCGAGAGGGAGCCAUGGCCCAAGGUUUCCCGCGCUGCAAAGGACCUUGUCAAGAAGAUGCUUGAUCCCAACCCUUCUACCCGGCUGACAGCAAAGCAAGUCGUUGAGCAUCCGUGGCUCAAGAACGCCGAUAAGGCUCCAAAUGUGUCGCUUGGGGAGCUUGUUCGAUCUAGACUUAAGCAAUUCUCAUCCAUGAACAAGUUCAAAAAGAAGGCACUUGGAAUCGUUGCCAAGAGUUUACCAGUGGAGGAGAUCGACAACUACACUCAGAUGUUCCACACGAUGGACAAGGACAAGGACGGAUCUUUGACGCUUGAGGAGCUCAAGGAGGGCCUGCGGAUAAAUGGUCACUCUGUUCCAGAAACAGAGAUACAAAUGCUGUUAGAAGCUGGUGACAUAGAUGGAAAUGGCACAUUAGACUGUGAGGAGUUUGUGACAGUCUUACUUCACAUCAAAAAGAUGAGUAAUGAGGAGUACCUACCUAAAGCUUUCAAAUACUUUGACAAAGAUGGCAAUGGAUAUAUUGAAAUGGAGGAGUUGAUGGAGGCUUUAGGUGAUGAUGAACUAGGUCCUAAUGAGCAAGUGGUCAAAGACAUUAUACGUGAUGUUGACACGGAUAAGGAUGGCCGCAUUAGCUAUCAGGAGUUCGAAGUGAUGAUGAUAUCUGGAUCAGACUGGAGGAAUGCUUCUCGGCGGUUCUCAAGAUCAAAUUUCAGCACCCUCAGUCAUAAGUUGUGCCAAUGACCAUUAUGUAACAAGAAGGAUCAGCAGUUACCCACUGAGUGCAUCGACUAGAAGAAAGCAUCAGUAGCUAACCUAAAAGUCAAAUUGGACUACUGGUUUUGGAGGACAUCAGGGGUGAAAGGAUAGCCCAUAACCCAGUUGCGUGGAUGACAAAGUUCCUUAAGCAGAAGCAAACCCUGUGGCAUCGUCCUUUGUACUAAAACCAACAUAUUUUGCACCUAGGAUACAUACUAAUGAUUUAGGUACUGACAGAUGUAAGGGAAGAACCAGCAUGCAAUUCACUUGUGGACUGGUGGCAGAUGUCCGUCCAUUCAGCCCCUACCGCGGCUCGUAAGGGUACCUCUUCGGUGACCAUCCUCACAGCUUGGUGCCUCUAGAAAUGGCGCAACGUGGUCAUCUUUGACGGCGUGCAACCCGACAUCCCCGGUCUGCUCGACACAAUCAAGGCAGAAGCCAGGGCGUGGCGACAAGCAGGGGCGUCGGGCCUUACAAAACUACUUCCAGCGGCCUAGUUUGUAGGGUGUGGAGUUGUAUCCUCGGGUGUGGCCCCUCCGGGCUUGUACUUUACUCCUCUCUAUCAAUGAAUCGAAACAUGAGGCUUUUGCGUUUC